AAAGACACCGUCUGCAACGCAGGGAGACGGAGCAGGGUGCCGGGGUAGGCAGAUGCUGAGGGGAAACCCCAUCGUACCCCUUGCAGGCCAGGGCUAAGCUGCGCGAACCGAGGGGACGCGUAAGGCGUGUGAGGAGGAACGGGCAUCGCUGCGUGGAAUGGUGCUGCGCGACGCUUGAGCGGUUGUUCCCGGAUGUUUUUUUCAACAGGAGGCUCUUUGCUGAGCGUGUGAUGCUUUUGAUUGCAGGUCCCGGUGGCGUUCAACGACGCUUCGUUUAAUUUCUCUGAGCAGGAGUGGAAAAGCUUGAACGAAUGGCAAAAGGAGCUUUACAGGCACAUCAUGAAAGGCAACUACGAGGCCGUGAUCUCGAUGGGCUGGGAGGUGCUCCUCACCUGAGCAGAGUGUGCUCCUGCAGUCCGCUCAUGUUCCCAGGGCCCAGACAAGAUGCUGCAAUUUCUAAGCCUGACCUUCUGUCGCGUAUAGAACAAGGAGAGGAUCCCAAUGCUGAGGAUCAGGGUGACUCUGAGGGAGAAACGCCUACCGAUCCCAGCACCGAGUUUUCCUUUCCUGGUCCGGAUGAGAGCUCGUGGAAUAAAUAUGAAGAGACUCUGGCUGAAAGUCACGAGGGCUCCGAAGAGGAGGAGAACGCGGAGGUUGCUAGUACAUAUGCACAGCAGUGCGAUGAGGAAGGUCCAGAGAACCUUGAGCUUCCUAGCUCAUUAGCAGGAAAAUGGGAAGAUGUUUUCCCGAACCCUGAGGAAGAGGCAAAGCCAACCAGCAAGAGUCGAAGUGGAUCCACCCCACAGCAGAGACCCGCAACGGGCAAUGGGCUGAGGCGAUCUGCUCGCCGCGGGAAAGACUUGGCAAAGAAGGACACUCCUGAGGAAGCAGCUGCAGUGGAAGGGCCGUACAUCUGCUGUGAAUGUGGGGAGAGCUUCCUGGACAAGCAGCUCUUUGCCACCCACCAGAAAGCCCACGCAGGCGAGGAAGCCUGCACUUCCCUGGAGCAAGGGGAAAGCUUCAGACAGAAAUCCAAAAUAACUCCUGCGAGAGCCCAGGGGCCGUCCCGCUCCAAACCGUCCAAGCGCCCCGAUUCAGAGAAGAGCUCUGGUCUCAAGUACGGCUUUGUCAGGCACCAGGCUAACAACAUGGUGGAGAGACCAUAUACCUGCUCCCAGUGCAAGGAGAGCUUCAGCCUGGAAGUGAGUCUUAUCUUGCACCAGAAGCUUCAUACGGGGAAGGGCGACGGGCCGCUGACAUGUACCUACUGUGGGAAGGACUUCCGGGACCUCUCCAAAGCCAUCCGCCAUCAGCGCAUCCACACAGGGGAGAGGCCUUAUCAGUGUACAGAGUGCGGGAAGAGCUUCAUCCGGAGGGAUCACCUGCUCAAGCACUGGCGGGUCCAUACCGGGGAGACUCCAUACCAGUGUCCUGUCUGCGGGAAGCACUUCCGCUACAAAGAGUCUCUGAAUUGUCACCAGAAAAUCCACUCGCGCAACCCCCGGCCCAUGGAGGACUCGCAGGCCAACUUGGAGUCGGCAACUCAAACCGGCCAUUUCUGUGUGAAAAAAGAAACUAAGCAGUAACGCUGCUGUGGGUGGCAAGGGCAGAAGGGCUCGCGGUUACGAUACAGUCUAGCAGGUGGACAAGCAGCAUGAUGGGAAGUGAACUUGUAUCGCAGCUAAUCCAUGUGGUCGUGCUACAAAGCCCGCUUUGUUGAAGCAUCAAAGGAAUUCCUCUUAAAAACUCUCAUAAGAAGGCCUAGGCACCUCUUCAACCCUGCGGGGUUACGUGGGACUUCCAUAGCGGUGUAGGCCUUGUACUAGUUGUCCCCUACGCAGGUUUGGAUUUUGCCUGUAGAGAAUAGUCCUGAGAGAUUCUCUGGGGUCCGUAUUUAGCAGGUGUUUCCCCACCUAUCUUUGUGCAUAUUCAGGAGUGACAUGCUUUCGCUUUCGUUCUUUUCCACUCGUUUCACUGCAAGGCUGGAAGCAUGAGGGAGGGAGGGAAGACGCCAUUCCCAGGCAACCGGCCGUUCGCUGCAGCUGUGUUGCCGCACCUCGAGCAGCAGCCUUGUGCCGUGAGGCCAGGGCUGGGAUCAAGGGGAGAGAGAGGAAGCAGAGAUGCGGUUAAGGACCUGACGCGGAACUUGUUUAAGGUAGAAAAGCAAAGAGGAGAGAGCGGCAAAGAGCAAGGUGAGAAAAAGUAGGUGUAGGAGGAACGGAUGGGAUGGAGAAGGGGCUCAGGACAUUGGAGCAGAGAUUGGAGCAGGAGGAAUCGGGAGGGGAAGUAUGUGGAUGCAUAGAGGCACUACUGAGUACCUAACCCGAGGAGGAGAUGUCUCUGUUCUCGCAGGAUGUAACUGGCACCAGUGAGGCUUUAGUUUCCCUCUGGCCCAAGGGAAAGGUGCCGCUGGUUUGUCAUACGGACUCCUGUCAAUGAAGGCGAUUUUAUUUUAUUUUUUUUAACUGGGUUUGGUCUCACACUCAGGUAAGUCAGACAAGUGAAAGCAACUUCUCCUAACCCCUGUAAAGAGCUGUUUGUUUUUUUUAGUUAAUCUAGAACUAGUAUUAUAUUAUUAUUAUUAUUAUAAUACAAUGAAAUGUGUGGCACUAUAUUUCACAGUUGAUCUAAAACACUUAAAUGUAUGAAGUAACUGACCAGAGUUUUUUCAGAUGUCUAUGUAAAUAUUGGUUGAAUUCUCUAAGAGCUAAGUGGUAUUGUUCCUGAGGUGACUGUAAGUAGGUGUCUCUUCCGCUGUGUAUUGUCAGCUGCUGGUUUGUGAUCGUGUUUUGUAAUAACUUUUGUAAAGUCUGUCAAUACAGUGUUUCCAUUCUGAA